AUGCAAACUGAUUUGGAGGCUUUGCAAAGGAACUACAGUGCUGUGCUGGCAGCUUUACGAAAGACGGGGUUAGAUGUGGCGGUGCAGGAGUGGGAGAAGGAAAACGAUAAAGGGGCAGUUGAGCAGCGUACCGAAGACCAGCGGUUCACAGAAUGGCUUGAAAGACUCGGUGGUAGUUUACCAGCGAUGGUGAUUGAGGGGAAUGUUCAUGUGAUAGAAGUGGAUCCCAAGAAAGCAGAGGAUUCGUUACAGGGACAGGUGGAUAUGAAAAAUUACAUAAUGGUAGUGAAGAAAGAAUACGAAGCUGCGACGGCAUAUUUACGAAUGAUGGGGGUAGAUGUAACGGCGCAGGAGGUAAAGAAUGAAGACGAGGAGGAGGACGGAGAGAAGAGCAAAAAGAAGAGGAGGUCUAAAAGGAAGCCGAAAAAGAAGAAGAAGAAGAAGACGACGACCGGCAAGGAUGCGCAGGAGUAUCUAGACGAUGAGCAGACUAGAAAUCUUGAGGAUGGACAAGAUGACAAGAAGGAUGAACAGGACGAUGACAACGAAAAGGAUGAACGAGACGACGCCGACGAGAAGGAUGAAGACGGACAGGCGAACGUGGAUGAAAAAGAUAAGGAUGAGAUGGAUUCAGAGGAAAACAGCGACGAGUAUAACACGGCCGCCGAAGAACAAUCGCCGCAGCCAAAGAAGAGUAAGAUCAAUAACGCCAAGAGAAAGAGGAGGAAGCAAAGGAAGCAAAAGGCAGAACAGGCGGCGAAGGAGAAGGCAGAGCGGGAAGCGUGGGAGAAAAAGAAGCAAGAGGCGAAGGAGAGAAAGGAGCGAAAGAAGAGGGAAGAGGAGGCGCAGAAAGCGGCGAGGAAAAAGGAAGCCAGGGAAAAGGAAACUAGGGAAAAGGAAGCCAGAGAAAAAGCGGCGAGAGAAAAGGAAGAGAAAGCUAUGAGGGAAAAGGCAGCCAGGGAAAUAGCAGCGAGGAAAAAGGAAGCCAGGGAAAAGGAAACUAGGGAAAAAGAAGCCAGGGAAAAGGCGGCGAGAGAAAAAGAAGCCAGAGAGAAAACAGCCAGAGAAAAGGAAGCCAGGGAAAAAGAAGUCAGGGAAAAAGAAGCCAGAAAAAAGGAAGCCAGGGAAAAACAAGUCAGGGAAAAAGACGCCAGAGAAAAAGCGGCAAAGGAAAGGGAAGAGAAAGUGGCGAGGGAGAAGGAAGCCCAGAAAGCGAGGGAAAGACAGGAGCAGGAGAAGGAGGCCCAGAAAGCGAGGGAACAACAGGAACAGGAGGCGAGGGAGAGGAAAAAGCUGGACGAGGUAAUCGUAGUCGAGGAAAAGGUCAAUGAGGACGACAUAAAACAAGAAGACGAGGUGAAGGAAGAGGCAGACAAUAACCCAAUGUCGUCUCAGGCACUGAUGCCGUCGCAACAACAGAUGCCGGGACCGGGACCGGGACCGAUGAUGCUAGGGCACCAAAUUCCACCUCCACCGGGACUGGAACCGAAGCCACAGCAGGGACAAAUUCCGUGGGGAGGACACAUGUGGCGGCAGAGACAGAUACCAUGGGCAAGCCAGAUGCAGCAGCAGACACAGGUUCCUUGGCAGUGGCAGAUGUCGCAGGUGGAACAGGUUCUUCGGCAGUGGCAGAUGUCGCAGGAGACACAGGUUCCUCGGCAGAUGCAGAUGCCAUUGCAGGGACAGAUGCCAUACCAGAACCCUAUGCCACUACAAAAUCCCAUGGCACACCAGAAUUCCAUCCCAGAACAGAAUUCCAUCCCAGAACAGAAUCCCAUCCCAGACCAGAAUCCCUGGCCGAUGCAACCACAGACUCCGAUGCCACCGCAGAAUCUGAUGCCACACCAGAAUCCGAUGCCUCACCAAAAUUCGAUGCCUCACCCGAAUCCCAUCCCAGACCAGAAUUCCAUCCCAGAACAGAAUCCCAUCCUAGACCAGAAUCCCUGGCCGAUGCAACCACAGACUCCGAUGCCACCGCAGAAUCUGAUGCCACACCAGAAUCCGAUGCCUCACCAAAAUUCGAUGCCUCACCCGAAUCCCAUCCCAGACCAGAAUUCCAUCCCAGAACAGAAUUCCAUCCUAGACCAGAAUCCCUGGCCGAUGCAACCACAGACUCCGAUGCCACCGCAGAAUCUGAUGCCACACCAGAAUCCGAUGCCUCACCAAAAUUCGAUGCCUCACCCGAAUCCCAUCCCAGACCAGAAUUCCAUCCCAGAACAGAAUCCCAUCCUAGACCAGAAUCCCGGGCCGAUGCAACCACAGACUCCGAUGCCACCGCAGAAUCUGAUGCCACACCAGAAUCCGAUGCCUCACCAAAAUUCGAUGCCUCACCCGAAUCCCAUCCCAGACCAGAAUUCCAUCCCAGAACAGAAUCCUAUCCUAGACCAGAAUCCCUGGCCGAUGCAACCACAGACUCCGAUGCCACACCACAAUUCGAUGCCACAAGGGCAGAUGCUGCCGCAAGAGCAAAUGCCAGCGGAGCCACACGUAUUCCCGCCGCCGCCCGUGCAAGACAUUGUACCCAAUUCGGUCGAACUCACUGCAGAACAACUAGAGAUCCACGCCCGCCUCUUGGUCCGCACCGGUUGCUUCUGGAUGGUCCGCAACGGUUUCUUCUGGAUACACUCUGCGCUCUCAGAUGAUGACAACACUGCCAACUUGUCUGACCACUCGAAGAAGCUAGUCAUCGGCAGGUUCAGGGUGCUCGUCUCGCAUCUCAUGAACGACCUGACCGUCCCCCCUCCUCCUCCUCAACAACAACAACAACAACAACAACAACAACAACAACAACAACAACAACAAAAGCAACAACAACAACAACAACCGGAGAGAAAGGACUGGCAAGAGACCCAAUGGACACAGCAAGCGGAAGAAGAAGAACGUCCGACUGUACGGUUUUACCGACCUGUGGCUAAGGAGGAUAAUGAUAAGAUGGAUCGCACGUGAUGAGACGGGAAUUGGGAGUGGUUUUUUGUUGUUUGGGAUUUAUAUGUAGUAUUUGUUUGCAAUGAACUUUGGA